AUGGCCACAAACGGAGCCUCAGAGGCUUUCGCUCCUAAUGAUGUGCUGUCGGCCAUGGUGACUAUGCGAGGAGGAGAGCAGGAGACUAAGAAGAAAGCGCACGCAUACUUGGAGCGGUUCCAGAAAUCUAAAGAUGCUUGGGGCACUAUCAUCGGCAUUCUUCAGUCGGACGGCGAGCCCGAGGCUAAGCUCUUUGCAGCCAUCACUUUGCGCGGAAAGAUCACCUACGACCUGGCAACGCAAGUAUCAGAAACCGAGCUGCCUGCACUGCGGGACCAAAUCCUCCUCCUCCUCAAACACUAUGCUGCGGGUCCCAAACCGAUACGAGUCCAGCUCUGCGUCUGUCUGGCGACACUGGCGGUUCAAAUGAAGGAAUGGAAAGACGUCCUUCCUACGGUGGUUUCGUCUAUUGGCGAUAGCAUUGAGAGCCAUUCCGCUGUUCUCGACUUUCUACGCGUGCUGCCUGAGGAGGUGACCGAAGGCCGCAAAAUCACCCUAACUGAAGAAGAGCUUUCCCAACGGACCAGGGAAUUGCUGGGUGACAACACGGAUCAGGUCGUACAGUUGCUCAUAAACUAUGCUCAAUCUUCUGUGAAUGCAGCCCAGAACCCUCAACUGAUGGAGUGUAUCACCUCAUGGCUGCGAGAGGUACCUGUCAGCACCGUUGUCAAUUCACCCCUUCUUGAUGUUAUUUUCAACGCCGUCGGCAACGAUCAAGCAUCACAGGAAGCAGCGGAGUGCUUGUGCACGAUCUUCAGAGAAACGCGGGAUGUGGACGAUAACCUGGAGGCUAUCCAGAUCCUCCUGCCCCGUGUCAAUGCCCUGCGCCCAAGGAUUGCGGCGGCUGUUGAGGAAGAGGACAUUGAGGUUUACAAGUCCCUUACCAAGAUCUUCGCCUUAGCCGCUGAGGCCUGGGUCGUAGCUAUUGCUCGCGAGCCUGGUCACUUCGGAUCACUUGUCGAUGCGGUUCUUGAGUGCGCAGCCAGAGAUAAGGACCGGGAUGUUAUUGAGCAUACGUUCCAGUUCUGGUACGAGUUGAAGCAGUAUAUCGUCCUGGAACGAUACAUCGAGGCCAGGCUUCAGCUUGUGGAUAUUUAUUCGAAGCUCGUCGACAUCUUGCUGAAGCACCUGGAAUACCCACAAUCGGAGUCGUCGAAUGAGACGGAUCUGUUUGAUGGCGACCGUGAGGCAGAGGAGAAGUUUCGCGAAUUCCGUCACCAGAUGGGAGACACACUCAAGGAUUCUUGCGAGGUGAUGGGCGUGACCGACUGCCUCACGAAGGUGCUCGAAGCCAUCAAGAUUUGGAUGCACAAAUAUGCCGGCCAGGCUUCGGCGACCUCGGUCCCUCACUGGCAAGAAUUGGAGGCCCCCCUUUUCGCUAUGCGUGCGAUGGGGCAGAUGGUGGACAAGGACGAGAACGUUGUGCUGCCGCAGUUGAUGCCCCUCCUCGUUCAGAUCCCCAGCCAUGAGAAGCUCCGUUUCGCCACUAUCAUGGUUCUCGGUCGGUACACGGAGUGGACUUCCGCUCAUCCCGAAUACCUCGAGCCCCAGUUCAACUAUAUUGUUACAUCUUUUCAAACGGACUCGAAGGAGGUGGUGAGGGCUGCCGCUAUGGCGAUCAAGUAUUUUUGCACCGAUUGCAAACAGCUCUUGAGUGGUCAGGUGCUCCAGAUGCAGACAUUCUACGACCAGAUUCUUGAUAAGUUGCCCGAUAUGAGCCAGGAGGAGAUCACGGAGGGGGUUGCAAGCGUGGUGGCGGUGCAGGAGCCUUCCGAGAUCUACAAGCUUCUCAAGCUUUACUGUGAUCCGUUAGUUCAGCGUCUGAUGAACAAGGCCAACCUUGCAACAGACGACAAGGGCAAACUGGCGCUCGCAGACCAUCUCCAACUUAUCACUAUCUUCAUACAGAUUGUUGUGCCGUACGUCGGACCCGGGGAGGAGAAUCCUGCCGUGAAAUACUGGCAGGAGGUCUUCCCGGUCUUGGCUACGAUCCUGGACAACUUCAUGGGCUUUGUUCCUAUCUGCGAGAGGAUCUGCCGCUGCUGGCGCAACAUGAUCAUCUCAUACCGUACGGCAAUGACCCCCUUGCUGCCGGAGAUGGCCAACAAGCUGGCGGGCGGGUUCGCUGCCUCUCGCCAAGGCGCCUUCCUCUGGGUUACGGCUGCCAUACUGAGAGAGUUUUCCGAGGAUCGGGAGCACGUCAACCAGGAGAUCACCCAGAGCAUCUACGCCUUCUUCGAGGCUCAGACCACUACGUUCUUGCGGGUGAUGAGCGACCUCCAGCCUAGCGAGCUGCCCGACGUCAUUGAAGAUUUCUUCCGACUCCUCAUUGACGCACUCCUCUACUACCCAGCCAAGCUGAUUCCGUCAGAGCUUCUAGGCCCCAUAUUCGAGGCUGCUGUGUAUGCUUUGACUUUAGAGCAGCGCGAUCCGCUCUCAGCUACGCUGCACUUUCUCCGUGAUCUUUUGACGUACGGAGGCGACAACCCUGCGACGUCAGAUGUGCUGCCCCCGGAUGUGGCUGCUCAAAUCCGUGAGGUGGUGAGCAAGUUACUUGCGACUCAUGGCGAGAAGCUGGUCAAACAGGUCAUGGCCGGCAUGAUGAUCACAUUCCCUCGGGACUGCUUCGCCGACGGUAGUGGGGUCUUGCUGGCAAUGUUCGAGCUCUUCCCGGCACAGACGACCUCCUGGGUCGAGCAUACCAUCCACCUUCUGCCCCAAGGGACCAUCACGCCUAUUGAAGCGGACCGGUUAAUGGCCAAGAUCAAGGAGCGUCUUGGCGCUAACGAUUCUACCGCCAUCAGGCAGGUGAGGGCGCUUCUUCAAGAUUUUACCAAUACUUAUCGUCGGCGGUACGUGGCCCCACGAGAGGGUCUCGGCCAGCUGGAAGCAGCCCGUUUCCACUUCACAGGUUAG